AUGAAAUCUGGAAAAAAUGUUAACAGUAAAUUAUCACUUCAGCGAUGCAUUAUUGAAGAAAACACACAAAAAAGAGGGCGAUAUCGGAAUCGAACCAAUUACCUAUUGAUCUGCAGUCAAUUGCUCUACCAGUGAGCUAAUCACCCUUGAUUAAGACUUUACCUCAAAACUCAUAUUUAUACAAUACUAGCAGGUAUUUUCUGAUAA